AUGUCGCGCCCUUCCGUACGCCCCUCAAAGCAGAACGACAAGUCCGACUGUAAAGACGGGUCUCAGUCGUCACGUAUUGACAAGCGUGCUCGCGAUGAGCACAACGAACAGGAGAGAAGCCGUCGAAGAGAGCUUGCUGUCAUCUACGAACUUAUUCGGUGCAGUUUUUCACAAGAGGACCUACGCCAUUUGGGUCCCGGUAAUGCUCCCAAGUCGAUUGACAAGUUGUCCUACCCGCAAGUCCUGCAGAUUGCUUACCACGUCGUACGCGAGGAGAAUCAUAACCUACAGUUGUUUGAGAGGACUUUGGCCGAAAUCAAGAGGAUCGAGAAGGAGUUUUUGCGUGUUGGACUCCCCGUGCCGGCUCGCCCUGCGUAUCCUUCCAUCACAGAGACAUACCGCAAAGUGGUCAACAUCGUCGACAACCUUCUAAAGCAUGACAAAGCGUAAGUCCACAUGCACCUUUUGUCAAUGGUUUGAAAAUGCGCACGAUGUUGAGCACUCGGACAGACAACGGCCAUCGAAAUCCGUGUUUUUGUAUUUAAAGAGGUAGACGGCUUUUGAGAUUUACAUUCUUUGGGGCCAAAAUGUAGGUCAGCAGCGUUCAGCACCUGUUUCUGACUUACAAGAAGGGUUUUUAUUGACACUUAUUGCUAAGGGCCUUCUGGGCACAGGCGUCCUAGUCGACUAGCAGACUCUCCUGUUUUUGGACUUUUGUCCAGAAUAGGCCCAAUUUCCGAUCUAGUUGCGACUGAAUCAUAGGUUAUCUUAUGACCCGAAUUCUCGCUUCCCGUAAGUCCUGAAUUGUCUGGCAUUAUCUUCUAGUCGUUUUUGCCAGUCAGUACCUCGUUUUGUCCUCUUUUAUAUCUCGGUUACCUCAUUUUCCUUUUAUAGAGCACGUUCGAUUGAUGGCAGUUAUGAAACCACACCAGCCCAACGCGCAGCUCUUGGAGACUAUCAGUUGGCAUUCCUUCGGCCAAAGAACUAUCACGAAGGUCUCUCCAGUCCCCCUCCAUAUAACUCUUAUGUUGCACCUCCCAUGCCGUCAUCGCGGUCAACCAGAAGUUACAGCUCAGUGUCCACCCGUCAUUCUUUGCCGCCGGUGUCCUCUCGUCCAGCUGAGUCUCAGCCGGUCUUUGUUUCCCCUCCUGUCAGUUCCGCCCAAACAGCCCCGCCGAAAACAACUGUUCUACCGCGCAUCGGGACGGUUUUCAAAAAUGACUACGACCUCAGUUCGUGUCUCCCCACCCCUGACGACGAUGUGAUCUCAUCACGCACUAUGCAACACUCGUCGUCUACUGCAUCCAUGGAGUACAUUGAUGAGUUGGAUCUCCCCCCAGUCGCCGACUCCCUUUCUGUGGAAGAGGAUCUUUGCUUUUUUGAUCAGCCUAUCCAACAUAAUACAUUUGCUCCGGACGAUGCCCCUAUAUUUCCAGAGAUUCCUUUGUAG